UUCAAGCAGUGUUUUUCACACGUUGUAGCUUAUAGCGUACAUAGAAAAUAUCAAUUAAUUAACGUUUAAUAGACAUAUUGAUUCUAAGUAAGGGCCAACCGAAGUGUAAACAUAAGCUUAGUUCGUGUUAGCUAUCGCACUGAUAGCUGGCACUCAGCACUUUUCUAGCAAAAGUGAAAGCUAACGUUAAUUCACCAUCGUCGCAGGAAGUUACCAUUCAGGUACAAGUUACCGGAAACCUGUUGCUGACCACCUGUGAAGUGCAAACAGACCUCUCAAAUUCCCAUUAUCAUCAUGUCUUCGGGGAACACCUUGGAUGAUGAGGAUACCUUCAAGAUCCUGAUUGCUACAGAUAUUCACCUCGGCUACCUCGAAAAGGAUGCUAUCCGUGGCAAUGACUCUUAUAAUACCCUAGAUGAGAUCCUGAAAUGUGCCAAGACAAACCAGGUAGAUUUCAUCCUGCUGGGUGGUGAUUUGUUCCAUGACAACAAGCCAUCACGCCGGUGCCUCCACAACUGCAUCACUAUGCUAAGACAAUACUGCAUGGGAGACUCGCCAAUUCGCUUCAACAUUCUCAGCGAUCAGACUGUCAACUUCAACACGACUCAGUUCCCCUGGGCUAACUAUCAGGAUGAAAACCUGAACAUCUCAAUUCCUGUAUUCAGCAUUCACGGUAACCACGAUGAUCCUACUGGGGCUGAAGGAUUGUGUGCAUUGGAUCUGCUAAGUGCUUCUGGUCUCGUCAAUCACUUCGGUCACUCCCGUUCAGUGGAGAAGGUUGAGAUUAGUCCCGUCCUCCUGCAGAAAGGCACCUCUAAGAUAGCCCUAUAUGGUCUUGGCUCCAUCCCAGAUGAGCGCUUGUACAGGAUGUUUGUCAACAAUAAGGUAACCAUGCUUCGCCCCAGAGAAGAGCAAGAUGAUUGGUUUAACCUCUUCGCCAUCCACCAGAACAGGAGUAAGCAUGGCCCCACCAACUACAUUCCUGAGCAGUUCCUGGACGACUUUCUUGACUUGGUGGUGUGGGGCCACGAGCAUGAGUGUUUGAUAACACCGACCAGAAAUGAACAGCAGCUCUUUUAUGUGACACAGCCUGGCAGCUCGGUAGCCACCUCCCUGUCCCCUGGAGAGGCUACCAAGAAGCACAUAGGGCUGCUGAGGGUGAAAGGUCGCAAGAUGAACCUGGAAAAGAUCCCCUUAAAGACGGUGCGUCAGUUCUUAAUCCAGGAUGUGGUGCUGGCUGACUACCAAGACGUCUUCACGCCUGAUACACCCCAGGUCACAAAGAAGGUGGAGAACUUGUGCUAUGCAAAGGUCACAGAGAUGUUAGAAGAAGCUGAAAGAGAACGACUCGGAUGCCCGCUCACCCCAGAGAAACCUCUUAUCCGCCUGAGGGUGGACUACAGUGGAGGCUUCGAGGCGUUCAACACAUCUCGCUUCAGCCAGAAGUUUGUGGAACAUGUGGCCAACCCAAAAGACAUCAUUCACUUUCUCAGACGUCGCGAGCAAAAGGAGGGCGUUAAAGACGAGGUCAACGUUGACUACAGCAAACUGUUAAAAACCACAGCAGUUGAGGGGCUGAGAGUGGAGGACCUGGUUAAACAGUACUUUGAGGCAGCUGAACAGACAGUGCAGCUGUCCCUCCUGACCGAGCAGGGCAUGGGGAAGGCCAUUCAGGAGUUUGUAGACAAAGAUGAGAAAGACGCCAUUGAGGAGCUGAUCACUUACCAGUUAGAGAAGACACAGCGCCACCUCCAGGCCAGAGGAGUCACCACAGAGCAGGAUAUAGACACAGAGAUCCAACGAUUCAGAGACUCCAAAAAGAACACAGCUGAGGAAGAGAAUGAAAUCAAAGAGGCUAUCAGCAGAGCUAAAGCUCACCGUCAGGAGCGUGGCAAUGACCCUGGACACCUGGACAUGUCCGAUGAGGUUGCUGAUGUCGCUAUGGACUCUGACGAAGGCUCGGUCCCGUUCCCUCCUCCGACCAGAGGCAGAGGGCGAGGAGGCAGGGGCCGGGGUGGCCGGGGGCGGGGGAGAGGUGCAGCUUCCUCUGAACCGAAGCCAGCCGGUCGGGGCCGCUCCCAGAAAUCCUCAGCAACAGCACAAAGCAGAAACAUUAUGCAAGCGUUUCAAGCUACAUCCCAGAGAUCGUCUCGGACUGGAGCCGCCACGUCUUACACAGCAGAUGAAAUGACCAUUGAUGACUCAGAUGAAGAUAUGCCUGUAAUGAAAGCUACCCGACCCCCGCCAAGAGCAGCAUCAUCGUCGUCAUCCUUCACGAAGUACAGCUCUCAGAGCCAGAGCCAGUCUUCUAGAGGAGUUGCAUUUGAUGACAGUGAUGAUGAUGAGGAUAACCCAUUCAAAGGCCCCAGCUUUAGUUCACGGAGAUAACAGUGACACACUACAUAAAUGCUAAUUAGCAAGUGAGCUGCUGCAGUGUUUCUGCAGUGACUUCUAAGUGCAUGUUUCAGUUUUCUCAGUAUGCAGUCUACUUAAUGUUGCCACUAAAUAAUUAAGUUGAGCAGCUACUGUUGCUUAGCAUAAACUAAUCCAGUCAGUCAGUUCUGAUGAGGGGCUUAAGAUAAAGGCUAUAAGGGGACAAGGUGGAGGUGGCAGUUUUCACAACCUCAUUUAUUAGCCACCACCUGAACGCACCAACAGGUGGAGCGCAUCUGCUGCUGUACAUCAACACUGAUCCAUGUUGGGUUUUGUCGUGGCUUUUGUAGUUCUCUGAUAUUCAGGAAAUAAAUGUU